AUGCCGAGCGACCAGGUCUUUGGCGUGACGCCGCCCAUGUCUGUAGGGCUGCCUACCGAGGCCGAAAAGCGUGCAAGCGAUGCCCUCAUCGAGGAAUUACGGCGGCAAAGGACGUUUGAAACUCCUUCCGAUACCCAAAAGAGGUACAAGGUCCUCGAAUCGUUGCAAGCCAUCUGCGACGAGUUUGUCAAGCGUGUCGCUCGAGAGAAAGAGCCCAAAAACGAUGCCCUCAUAAAGAACGCUCGUGGCAAGGUGUUUACCUAUGGCAGCUUCCGUCUCGGCGUCUUUGGCCCCGGUUCCGAUAUCGAUACACUCAUCGUCGCUCCCAAAUACGUGACGCGGGAUGACUAUUUCAAGUACUUCCCUGACUUGUUGGAGGCCAUGGCUCCCAAGGGCGCCAUUACGGAUUUGGCCGCCGUCACUGAUGCAUUUGUGCCCAUUAUCAAAUUUGAAUAUUCCGGUAUAAGUAUCGACUUGAUCUUCUCGCGCAUCAUUCAGAAACAGCUCGCCCCCGACUUUCAAGACCUCAAAGACUCUGGUCUACUUCGAGGUCUCGACGAGGCAGAGCUCCGCUCUCUUAAUGGCACGCGUGUGACAGAUGAAAUUCUGACACUAGUGCCCGAGCAGAGCACAUUCAAGCUUGCUUUGCGAGCCAUCAAGUUGUGGGCCCAGCGCCGUGCAGUGUACGGCAACAUCAUGGGUUUCCCCGGUGGUGUUGCCUGGGCCAUGUUGGUUGCCCGGGUUUGCCAACUAUACCCAAAGGCUGCGACGUCUGUAAUAGUCAACAAAUUUUUUUUGAUCAUUGGUCACUGGCGGUGGCCGCAACCUGUCUUGCUCAAGCCCAUCGAGAGCGGUCCUCUGCCAGUUCGCGUUUGGAACCCAAAGAUUUAUAAAGGCGAUUCAUUCCACCUGAUGCCCAUCAUUACUCCUGCAUACCCCUCCAUGUGUGCCACAUUUAAUAUUAGCCGCUCUUCUAUGUCAAUUAUUAAUCGAGAACUCCGGAGAGGCCUAGAGAUUUCGGAGAGCAUCAUGGUCGGCAAGCAACCCUGGAGCGAUCUUUUCGUCAAACAUACUUUCUUCACCUCGGAUUACAAGUAUUACAUUUCUGUCAUAUCUGCCAGCAAGUCCAAGGAAGCCCAUAAUGUUUGGUCAGGAUAUGUUGAAUCUAAAGUGCGCAUGCUAGUACAGAAAUUGGAGCAGCAUCCGUCCAUCGCUUUGGCUCAUGCUUUCAACAAGGGAUAUGAGCGUCGACAUAAAUGUAAGGAUGAUUCUGAAAUAGCACAGGUACAAGAUGGGAGUCUCGAUUUCUUGAUCAAGGAUGGUGAAAUCUGCCAAACGAAGGCGAAGCUCGGGUCCGAAGAAGCCAAGCAAAAGGCGACUGAAAAUGGCGACACAGAAUCCAAACGACCAACCGAGGUCUUGACCACUACCCAUUACAUCGGAUUGGAACUGGACGAAGCCGCCAAGUCUCUUGAUCUCUCCUACCAAGUCGACGAGUUUAAAGUCCUGUGUACGCAGUGGCAGAAGUAUCAAGAUGAAUUGAAGCCACUUGUUUCUAUUGGCGUACAACACGUCCGAAAUUUCAAUCUUCCCGGUGAUGUGUUUGAAGCCGGAGAGAAGAGGCCGCAAAAGAAGGGCGCCAAGGUAGCAUCGAAGAAGCGUGGCGCCUCAGAGGACAACCCGCCUCCAGCGAAACGACAGCAGGCUUCCGUUGCCGCUGCAGGUUGA